AGACAGAGAGAAUCACACAGAGAUCAUUCAGCAGAAAGAAGACUGAACUCAAGUCACAAUGAAGAUCCUCCUCAUCUUCUUCACUUUCUACCUGAUCUCAGCUGCAGAAAAAUACAUUGAUGUGACUGGAUAUUCUGGAGGAAGUGUUCUUGUUGAUUCGAAGGAACUUUGGUUCAGUGCAAAUUAUAAGUAUAUGACCAGAUUAUCUGAGUGGAGAACAAUAAUAAAAUAUAAGAAACAUUACAAAUGGAUUAAUGAAGGACGAUUCACGCUGUUUCAAAACGAUGAGGGAAACCUUAUGAUCUACAUCAGAGAUUUGAACCAACGAGAUGCUGGAAGAUACAUGAUAAGAGUUAAAGACGAAUGGUCUAUUGAUAUGAUUUUAAAUGUGAAAGAAGAUUCAUGUUGUAAAGUGUCAAAGAGAGUGAUGCUGAAUAUUGGAAAAUCUGCCACCUUCAGCUGUGAAUAUUCAUACAAUCAUAUACAUGAUCCUGAGAUCAUAUUCAAAGAAGGAAAAGACUCCAUUGAGACGAUUUACAGCAGAUGGAAGAAGAAAGAAAGAUUCAGUAUUUCUGAUGAGAAACAUAAAAACCUCUUCACUGUGAGAAUCACUGGUGUGACACCAGAUGAUGGAGGAGUUUAUUUGUGUGGAGUUUGGAUCGACAGACACUCGUACAGUUACUCCAUUAUUAAUACUGUUCAUCUACAUAUUAUUGAUUCAUGUUGUGGCGCAUCAGAGACAGUGAGAGUAAAUAGUGAAGAAACUGCUGCUUUCAGCUGUGAAUACUCAAAGGAUCAAAAGUAUCUUAGAAAGAUCAUAUUCAAAACAAGAAAUGACAUCAUUGAUGAGAUGAUCUCCACUGAUGACAAAUGGUAUCAGAAAGAAAGAUUGAGCAUCUAUGAUAACAGACAAAACCUCUUGAGUGUGAAAAUCACUGCUGUGUCACCAGAUGAUGGAGGAGUUUAUUUGUGUGGAGUUUGGAUCAACAGACACUCGUACAGUUACUACAUUAUUAAAACUGUUCAUCUACAUAUUAUUACUAAAGUGGGCGUGUCUAGUGUGAGCGUCUACUCUGGAGGUCGUCUGAUGAUCAAGUGUGAACAUCCUCAAUACAAAACCAAACCAAAAUACAUCUGUAAAGAAUCAGACGGAUGUUCAGAGAGGAAGAGUCCAGGAGUUCAGGAUGAAUGGAUGGAGAAUGGAGAUGUUUCUUUAUAUGACGACACCAGAGCAGGAGUCUUGAUGGUGUUUUUUAGAGAGCUGAAAGCUGCAGAUGCAGGAACAUACAGGUGUGGAGUGAAAGAAUCUGACUAUACUGAGAGAUUCACUGAACUACAGCUGAGCCUCAGACACGAUGCAAAAUAUCCAGUGGUUGUGAAUAAAGCUGCAUUUCUUGGCGAAGUUCACAUCACCUGUCAGAUCCCAGAGGAACAUAAAGUUAAUGUCUGUAAAGAGGAUGAUAAUCACAUCUGCCAGAACAUCAGCUCAUCUAAAGUGACAGAAAUGAGUGGUUCAUCAGAGAGAAAUGAAGAGAGAGUUGUUACAGUGAGCAUCAGUAAUGUGAGUGUGAGAGAUGCUGGAGUUUACUGGUGUGGAGCAGAAACCAGAGACACAGAUCUGACUUUCAUCUCCCUGAACACUCAAAUUCAGCUCAACCUCAUCACUAACGUGGGCGUGUCUAGUGUGAGUGGCUACUCUGGAGGUCGUCUGAUGAUCAAGUGUGAACAUCCUCAAUACAAAACCAAACCAAAAUACAUCUGUAAAGAAUCAGACGGAUGUUCAGAGAGGAAGAGUCCAGGAGUUCAGGAUGAAUGGAUGGAGAAUGGAGAUGUUUCUUUAUAUGACGAAACCGGAGCAGGAGUCUUGAUGGUGUUUUUUAGAGAGCUGAAAGCUGCAGAUGCAGGAACAUACAGGUGUGGAGUGAAAGAAUCUGACUAUACUGAGAGAUUCACUGAGAUACAGCUGAGCUUCAAACACGAUGCAAAAUACCCAAAGAGAGUGACAGAAUCUGUGAAUCUCGGUGGAGAAGUCAACAUCACCUGUCAGAUCCCAGAGGAACAUAAAGUUCAUUUCUGUAAAGAGGAUGAUAAUCACAUCUGCCAGAACAUCAGCUCAUCUAAAGUGACAGAAAUGAGUGGUUCAUCAGAGAGAAAUGAAGAGAGAGUUGUUACAGUGAGCAUCAGUAAUGUGAGUGUGAGAGAUGCUGGAGUUUACUGGUGUGGAGCAGAAACCAGAGACACAGAUCUGACUUUCAUCUCCCUGAACACUCAGAUUCAGCUCAACCUCAUCAUGCCUCCAGUAGUGAUACGUGAAGGAGAAUCUGCUGAGAUCUUCUGUCCUUAUGAUUCAAUCUAUAAAUCAAAGCUAAAGUCUCUCUGUAAGGGGAAGUGCUCCACUAGAGACAGAAAUCCUCUCAGUGAGACUGUGAGAGAAGAGAAAGAGACCAAGACUGACAGAUUGACUCUGAAAGAUGACGUCACUGCAGGUGUCUUCACUGGGACCAUCACUGCACUGACAGCAGAGGAUGCUGGGAAAUACUGGUGUGCAGUGACAUUAGAAACAGAGCUCAAUUAUCUUCACACUCAUCUGAUGGUCAUCAUGAACGAGGAGCUGAACUUGACUAAGUAUGAAGGAGACGACGUGUCAAUCCAGUGCAAACAUCAGGAUGAAGAUCAGAAAAGCUUCUGCAAAGCACAUGAAGCCUCCAUGUGUGUGAAGGAUGGAGUUUCAUUGGAGACGAUCAGAGAUGAUCGAUUCUCUUUCAGUGAUGAAGCAUCUGCUGGAGUCUUUACUGUGAACAUCACUGAUCUGAGAGAAGAGGAUUCUGGGAUAUACUGGUGUGGAGAUCAUGUCAUCACUAAAGUCUGUCUAGAAGUCAACAAAAGGGCUUCUGACAGAAUCAUCACCUCUUGCAUCUUUGUGACUCUGCUGCUGAUGGGAGCGUCUGUCCUGUUACUUUACAAAUUAGGAUACAUCAAGACAAAAGAUCAGCACCCUUCCCCAGACAGGACAGAGAUGAGCGGUGGAGAGGCCUUUCAUGCUGCAUGUGACUAUGAGAAUAUCAGAGAUGUCAGACAGUGCGUAGUUGUGGGAACUGAGGAAACUGUGUUAUAUUCCACUGCCACGCGUCCCACAGACUCGUCAGAUACACACAACACACUCUAUUCUAAAUUACAGUUACCCACAAACCCCUCUGAUGGGCUUCUGUAUGCUUCAGUCCGCUUCCAGAAGCAUGAAGAGUCUCUCAGCGAUGCUACAGUAACCUCCAAUAAAGAGGAUUUUUACUGUAAUUACACCACGGUCAGUCCCCGCAUGUCACUCAACUAAUUCAACUCUUAAAAAUAAAGGGUUCAGAGGGGUGUUUUUUUUUUUUUUUUU